CUCUGCUGGCGGCAACGGCAUGGCAGGGGAGAUAAUAACAUUAAUAUAAUCUGUGAUUAUAUUAUUAUGUAAAUGAAUUGAAGAAUUUUCAUCGUUAUUUAGAAUACUCGGCGUUGUAUGUGAUAAUGGAUCAAAAACAGGAUGAAAACGUUAGUGAAAUCGAAAUGCCUAUAAGGAGACCAUGGUACAAAUACGUGACAGUGGAACCGACCAUGUUCUUAUACAUGAUGGCCUACAUGAUCACCAAUGUCGUCGAACAAACAUUCUACGUGUUCCGCGCGUGCAACGUCGACCAUGGAUACAGCGAAGAGAUCUGCUACAACAUAACAAGUUACAAGGAAAUUAAUGAAGAAGUACAGGUGACAGUGUCCACCUUCCACCAAUGGAACGGCGUGGCCUGGCACAUAGUGCCGUUUGUCCUCGCGUUUUUCCUAGGGUCCUACAGCGACAAGAGAGGGAGAAAGUGCAUCCUGCUGGCCGGGCUGCUCGGGAAACUCUAUUUUUCCAUAAUGGCUACUGUUAAUACUAUGAAUGCAUGGCCGUUAAAUUAUGUGAUAUAUACGGCCACUUUUCCUAGUGCCUUAACCGGUUCGGACUUGGCAAUAUUCGCGGGCGUGUUCGCGUACAUAGCUGACGUCACCUCCCCCGAAAAUAGAACCCUAAGAGUUGGGAUUUUAGAUGCUGUUUACUUAAGCACUAUGCCUUUGGGAGUUUUUAUUGGUAACAUUUUAUACGUGCAUGUUGUGGACAGGUCAUUCACAAUAAUGUUCCUAAUCAACAGUAUUCUCAUGUUGCUGGCGACCCUACACUGUCUCUUGUUCCUCAAAUGGCAGACGAGGCCCGAGCAGUCGUCCCUGCGGGACGCCGGCGUCACCAAUCCGGUGGUGGACUUCUUUGACCUCAAAAAUGUGAAUCAAACGAUGCUUACCCUGUUUAAAAAGAGGAGUAACCACCGCACAGUAUUUUUGUGGUUCUUACUAAUAUCGAUGGCGCUGUAUACGUUCCAGAGAGACGAGAGGCCGUUCAUGUACCUGUACGUCCAAAACGUGUUCAAAUGGGACACGACCGCCUACAGCAACUUCAGGACGUAUAGCAGCACGGCGUACGUGCUGCUCAUGUUCAUAGGCAUCCCACUGAUGACUAAAGUAUUCCGCUGGAGAGAUACGGUAAUAGUGAUGCUAGGAGCCACUUCCCAUAUGGCCGGGCACUUCUUGUACGCGCAAGCGACCGCCGCCAAGACCCUAUACAUCGGUGGCGCAGUGGCUGCACUAGGGCCCUGUGUCGCGCCGCUCGUCCGCUCUAUGACCUCCAAGGUUCUUCCGUCUGCUGAACGAGGUGUGGCAUAUACAUUUCUGUCGGUGAUGGAAAACGCCGUGGCGAUGUUUGCCUCCAUUAUAUACUCGCAAGUGUAUAACGCCACGCUCGGCACCAGUUUCCUGAAUGCCAUCUUUUACCUUACCAUCGGGACGCAAGCCGUUGUCUUUUUAUUUUCACUCUGUAUGGAGCUAACUUUAAGGGGCCGGCGGCUCGAAUCACUGUUACCGGAGGACGAAAGAGAGAUAUCGGCGCGGACUCUUCAGGCCACUAUCAACUGACCUAUUAGAGGUGCGGAAUUUAAUAAGCAUUCGUGACAACAACCUUCAUUGACGCUGCUACCAGAAUAUACGAAAUUUGUUUCAAAGUUUGGUCUAACACGCAAUAGCACCAGAAAAUAUUUGGCGCUGAGUCAGCGCCAUCUAGUAAAGGUAUGGUAAGGACGCCAUACACGAAUCCUUGUUGGAUCCUCGCGUCCAGAUUGUUCGGUUGCCUUGGUCAGUGUUCGAAUUGUACCCAUUUUGGUAGCUAGGCAUUUAUUUAGGCAUAUUUUAGGUAUUUGUAUGUAUUAAGCUCGAAUAAUAAAUCAAAUAUUAUAAAUAGGCCAAUUUUACAAAGAUCGACUUAGCUGGUUCCACAGUAAGCUCAAUAUGGCUUGUGUUGUGGGUGCAUGUGCUUACAUGCAUAGAAACUCGGGAAUAAAUAUUAGUGUUAACACACAAAUAAAUGCCCUUACCAGGGUUCGAACCCGGGACCUCUCGAUUUAUAGGCAGUGUCACUACCGACUAGGCUAGGAGGCAGGCAUUUUUAUUAAGGCAUUGGUGCCAUCUACUCUGUGUACAGCUGCAGUAAAUGUUGAAUAGUAGUGACCCUGCAUUGAAAGCAGGAGGUCCCAGGUUCAAAUCCUGGUGAGAGCAUUUGUUUAUGCGUUUAUCAUGAAUAUUUGUUUCUGAGUUAUGGAUGUAUUCUAUCCUUUUGUUUUCAUUUUGAGAUUGACCUGGUUUUCCCUGUAGCAAUGAAUUAUCAUUAAGUUUUUAUAGGACGAUUGUCAAAUUUUACUAUUUUAGAGUAUUUAUAUUAAGUUAAAUAUUUUGUUCUUGUACUGGCAUUAAUAAUCGGGAUGUAAACCGAACCCUCCUCUUAAUAAACGCUCCGAUGUUUGAGCGAAACAACGCUAUGCACGUAUUAUAGCGACAUACCGCUCGCACACCGGAGAGAAGUGUGAAUCGUAUCCAGUGUGCGAAGUACCUUAUACUUAGCCUUCGUUAAGUAAAAACGAAAGUUAUUCCAAGGGCACAUGCAAUAAAAUUAUGAACGUUGUAUUAAUAAUCAAUUGUUCCACACAUUGCUCAAGCGAAUUAUCAUAAUUUAUUAUAAUUAAUUUUAAGUAUACAUACUCUGUUUUUAAAAAUGAAUUCAAUGAUCGUCUCUAUACACCGUGUUUUUUUUUAUUUCCGUUAUUUUCAAGGGUGCAUUCCUGAGCUUAAAUCGAGUAACUUUCUCAAAGACACCGAUAUUCGAAUUAACUCCAUUUCGGAGAUAAUCAAUAAUUUAUUUUUUUCCUAUAAGGCCUCUACAAGCAUGUACACUUGCCUUAGGGCCGGUUUACAUAUUGAUUAGUGUUUACAAUGAGUUCAUACAUUUGCUACUAAACUUAAGUACAAUCUCGGUGGAUCGAUGUUCGAAAUGACAUUGAUAUGUCACAGAUUUCAAUUGUUUGGUUGAGUUAAAUGUAAUGCCCGUGUUACAACAACGCUACAUGCUACAUUUAAUUACUUUUUAAACAUAAAUAUUUUUUUUAAAGAAGCAAUAAAUAUUUUUUUUUUUUUGAAAAUUAACUAUGCCAUUUAGUUCUCUUAAAUGUACUUAACCAUACCCCGAAGUUAACGGAAUUCAAUAAAAACACGGUGUAUAUAUGAAUGUCAAGUUUUGUGAACAUACAGAACAAUUCCACAACUUAUUGUUAUACAAGGUGGUAUUCCCUAUUGUGAUUUAUGGUAUUAUUAAACUCCACUGUUACA